GCAAAUUAUGACCUCUUCAGCUGGGAGAGCCUCCUACUCCUAGCACAAUAUUCUUACUCAGGAACAACAACAUCCGUGGAAGCAUCUAGAGGGCGCAGAGCAGUGGCUGUUUGUUGUCUGCUCUUACACCAUUUUGUCUAUGCUGAGGUCCAAAUGUGUCCUGUAAAAGCUUUCACCUUACAUGGAAGUUGGACUUGCCAGUUGAAAAUGAGACACUUCCAACUGAACUUGCUUCUCAUCUGUAUGGCAACUACCACUGCAAUUCCUGUUGUGCCCUGGAAAGUCAAAUGCCCACUACAGUGUGUCUGCCAGAUCAGGCCAUGGUACACCCCCAGGUCUGCAUACAGGGAGGCAGCCACAGUUGACUGUAAUGAUUUGUUUAUCUCCACAGUGCCUGAAAGCUUGCCAGAGGGGACACAGAUCCUUCUCUUGCAAAGCAACAAUAUUGCCAAGGUUGAGCAGAGUGAGCUGGACUAUCUGAAAAAUCUGACGGAGAUGGAUCUGUCACAGAACAGCUUCUCUGACAUUUUGGACUUUGGCCUGAAAAACAUGCCCCAACUGCUGAGCCUUCACUUGGAAGAGAAUCAACUGACUGAACUGCCUGAUAACAGCUUCUUGGGCCUGGCCACUCUCCAGGAGCUUUAUCUCAACCACAAUCAAAUUUGCAGGAUCUCUCCCAAAGCCUUUUUAGGCCUUGGAAACCUCCUUCGGCUUCACCUCAAUUCCAACCUCCUGAGGACAAUUGACAGCCGCUGGUUUCAAGUACUGCCCAGUCUGGAGAUCCUCAUGAUAGGAGGCAACAAAGUAGAUGCCAUUUUGGAUAUGAACUUCAGGGCCCUAUCAAAUCUGAGGAGUUUGGUUCUGGCAGGAAUGAACUUGAGGGAGAUUUCAGAUUAUGCACUAGAAGGCCUGAGAAGUCUAGAGAGUCUGUCUUUCUAUGACAAUAAGCUAGUCAAUGUCCCUAAGAGGGCACUACAGCAAGUCCCUGGUCUUAAAUUCUUGGAUCUGAACAAAAACCCACUUCAGAGGGUUAAGCAGAGUGACUUCACCAAUAUGCUGCACCUCAAGGAAUUGGGACUCAACAACAUGGAGGAGUUGGUUUCUAUUGACAAGUUUGCCUUGAUCAACCUGCCUGAACUGACCAAACUGGAUGUGACCAACAACCCUAAACUGUCUUACAUCCACCCCAGUGCUUUCCACCACCUCCCCCAGAUGGAGACCCUCAUGCUCAACAACAAUGCCCUAAGUGCCUUGCAUAAGCAGACACUGGAGUCCCUCCCCAAUCUACAGGAGAUCAGCAUCCAUAGCAACCCCAUCCGCUGUGACUGCAUCAUUCGAUGGGUCAACAGUACUGAGAAUCACAUACGUUUCAUUGAACCUCAGUCCACAUUAUGUGCUGAGCCUCCAGACCUAAAGAAAAAGCACAUCCGAGAUGUCCCCUUUAGAGAAAUGACUGACAGGUGCUUGCCCCUCAUCUCUGACAAAAGCUUUCCUUCCCAUUUAGAAGUGGCAGAUGGAGAGGACAUCUCUCUGCACUGCAGAGCUCUGGCAGAACCAGAACCAGAGAUAUACUGGGUCACACCAUCAGGCCUCAAGCUGAUGCCAUACUCUGAUGAUGGGAAAUAUAAAGUAUACCCUGAAGGGACAAUGGAAAUCCGCAAAGUCAGAGCUCGAGAUGCUGGGCUCUACACAUGUAUGGCUCAAAACCUCAUUGGUGCAGAUACCAAAAGCAUAAGCUUGAUGGUCAACAGUUCUUUCCCCUUUAGUGAGGACACCCUGGAGCUGCUGGUGAAGGAAGUUCAGGCCUACCACAUCCUGGUUGCCUGGAAACCUCACCUCAACACUGUUUCUUCUAAUAUCACAUGGUCCAGUUUUAGCCCCAACUUGGAUAUGACCAACAUGGCCCGCAUUCCAACAGGCACUCAUAUGUACAAUAUCACACGACUGUAUCACAACACAGAAUACUGGGCUUGUCUUCAUGUAGCCUUCAUAGACUUGCAGAGUAAGGUGGCUUGUGUCAAUGCCAGGACUAAAGAGGCUCAAUACCAGUACCUUGAAAGCAGGCAGAGCCUCCUGAUUGUGUUGUCUCUCUGCAUUUUGUUGCUGUUCAUUAGCCUUAUAGGCAACUAUGGUUUGGGCUUCCUCAAGCCACAGCCUGGAAGCCAUGGGACCUGCAUGUUAUGGAAAACAGGCUCAUCUUCAGUGCGUGUAGUAUAUCCACCCUUCAUCAAACACUGGGAUAGAGGGAGAAAGAAUAAGAAGCUACUGUCUGUGGAGGUACAAGCAGCACUACUGGACUCAUGAAAGAUUUUGUUUUGUUUUCCAGGGAGGGUGGGCAAGAAGAUCCAGUGGAAUUUUUUAAAAUUACCAAAUAUAAAUGAGAAAAACAUGGUCAGUUAUAAAAACGAUAAGCAUGGAGGAUGGAGAGGACAAAGGCCUGGUGUGCCCCAUGCCCACCUUCAUCACCAGUGUUAACACAUGGAUUGUCUUGCCAUUUGAACAUCCUUCUGCUCCUGACAGGCAGCCUGUGGAUCCUCUGGCAGCUUGUUAACCACUGUACUUUUUUGCUCAGCAAAUUGCUGGUCCCUUGGAAAUACAAAAGGCCUUUUCCUUUGGGGCUAUCUUUGUGUGUGUGCGUGUGUGUCUUUUGCCAUUGAAAGUCCUGAACCAAAUCUACCAAGCCUCUUCUCACAGCUACAUGAUUUGCCUGCUGGGAAACACCUCACAGAAGAUGAUUUGGAAGGAAAGGCAGCCUACUUAGGCUACAGAAGCAGUCAUAACAAUGGUCCUCAAAACAAUGAAUGCAUCUCUGAAUCCAUUAGUCAUGUCAAGGGGGGGAGACUGGAUUGGAUCUCAACCCAAGAGCUUAAUUUCAAGGCUAUUUUGUAAACUUUUGUGAAUAAUGUUUCAAAAAGGGGGGGGGUAAAGAAAUUCCUGCUUUUCUGAUUUUUUUUUGUAAAAAGAAAAAAAAAGAAAAAUCUCCUUUGUAUACCAAUCUGCCAUAGCUAGGCUUCGUGCUAGGUCAGCAUUGCUUCAGCGAUGGGGGGAGGGCAGUUGUGAGAGGAUGUUGGGUGAUAAACUUUGAUGCAGGUGAGGAUUCAAAGAAUAAGAAUCUCUUUGUUUUAAGUGGCUGAUCUCCAUGCUACAGAACUCAAAACAUCCCCAGGAGGCUAAAACAAGGGAAAGGGAAAGAGGAUAAAUAUUCCAUUUUCUAAGUCUG